GAGAGGAGGGUCGCUGUCGCCGCGGGAGGGCGCAGGGCGAGGGCUCAGGGUGAGGGCGGCUGCUCCGGGAGCCGCGAGGCGGAGUUGGGCGCGCGGCCAGCCAGCGGGGCCCGGAGCCUGCACAGUCGUUCUGUCGCGGAGCCGCGGAAGCCCGGGCUUGGAGGCGCCAUGGAGGGGACCCCCAUCCCGGUGCUGACAGUGCCCACAGCACCCUACGAGGACCAGCGGCCGGCGGGCGGCGGGGGGCUGCGGCGGCCCACCGGGCUCUUCGAGGCCCAGCGCAAUUACCUGCCUAACUUCAUCCAGAGCGUGUUGUCGUCCAUCGACCUGCGCGACCGCCAGGGCUGCACCAUGGUGGUGGGCAGCGACGGCAGGUACUUCAGCCGCACCGCCACGGAGAUCGUGGUGCAGAUGGCCGCGGCCAACGGGAUUGGACGACUGAUCAUUGGACAGAAUGGCAUCUUGUCAACUCCUGCUGUCUCCUGCAUUAUCAGAAAAAUCAAAGCAGCUGGGGGGAUCAUCCUAACAGCCAGCCACUGCCCUGGAGGCCCAGGAGGACAGUUCGGAGUCAAGUUUAAUGUUGCCAAUGGAGGUCCUGCCCCAGAUGUGGUUUCAGACAAAAUCUAUCAGAUCAGCAAAACGAUCGAGGAGUACGCCAUAUGCCCUGACCUUCGCAUCGACCUGUCCCGACUAGGACGGCAAGAGUUUGACUUGGAGAACAAAUUCAAGCCAUUCAGAGUGGAGAUAGUGGACCCAGUGGAUAUCUAUCUUAACCUCCUCCGGACCAUCUUUGACUUUAGUGCCAUCAAGAGUCUUCUGACUGGGCCUGGCCAACUGAAGAUCCGCGUUGAUGCGAUGCAUGGAGUUAUGGGACCUUACGUGAGGAAAGUCCUUUGCGAUGAGCUGGGGGCCCCAGCUAAUUCUGCCAUUAACUGUGUUCCCCUGGAAGACUUCGGAGGACAGCACCCAGACCCAAACCUGACAUAUGCAACGACCCUCCUGGAAGCGAUGAAAGGAGGAGAAUAUGGAUUUGGAGCUGCAUUUGAUGCUGACGGGGACCGUUACAUGAUCCUAGGCCAAAAUGGCUUCUUUGUGAGCCCUUCUGACUCGCUGGCCAUCAUUGCUGCCAACCUGAGUUGUGUUCCGUAUUUCCGUCAGAUGGGCGUCCGUGGGUUUGGGAGGAGCAUGCCAACCAGCAUGGCCCUGGACAGAGUGGCCAAAUCAAUGAAGGUUCCAGUAUAUGAGACCCCAGCUGGAUGGAGAUUCUUCUCAAAUCUGAUGGACUCAGGACGGUGCUCUCUGUGUGGAGAAGAGAGCUUUGGCACUGGCUCUGACCAUCUCCGUGAGAAGGACGGGCUCUGGGCUGUCUUGGUCUGGCUCUCCAUCCUUGCUGCCCGGAAGCAGAGCGUGGAGGAUAUUGUCCGAGAUCACUGGGCCAAAUUUGGCCGCCACUAUUAUUGCAGGUUUGACUAUGAAGGGCUGGAGCCUAAGACAACGUAUUACAUCAUGAGGGAUUUGGAGGCCCUGGUCACGGACAAGUCCUUCAUUGGCCAGCAGUUCGCUGUGGGGAGCCAUGUCUACAGUGUGGCGAAGACAGAUAGCUUCGAAUAUGUGGACCCUGUGGAUGGCACUGUGACCAAGAAACAGGGCCUGAGGAUCAUUUUCUCUGAUGCAUCACGGCUCAUCUUCCGGCUCAGUUCAUCCAGUGGUGUACGGGCCACCAUCCGGCUGUAUGCAGAGAGCUAUGAGCGGGAUCCCAGCAGCCAUGACCAGGAGCCACAGGCAGUGCUGAGCCCUCUCAUAGCCAUCGCGCUGAAGAUAUCGCAGAUCCACGAGAGGACUGGCCGGAGGGGACCCACGGUCAUCACCUGAACGGCGGCGGGGAGGCCAGUCACCAGGGCCAAAGAGCUCUCGGCAGAGAUGCCACACCAAUGCCUUCUUGCUACCUGUUUGUGCCUUCUAUGACUUUGGAAAAAACACAUGAUAUUUUGUUGUUGGGGGGUGGUGG